GAUGUGUGGGGGAAAGGACCACGUUGCUACGUUCCUCGCGCGCCUCGAGAAGCGUGGCGUGGACCCGUCGUCGCUCGCUUGCCUCCCGACCUACCAGAAGCUCCUGCAGAAGAGGAGUGCCGCGGCCCUCAGUGUCCACGAGAGUAAUGGUGUGACAAACACAAAGAAGAGAGCCAACAAAGAGGGCCACCAGAGUGCCAACUGGGAGGGGGGCGAAGGCAAGAGCGCCCGGGCACGUGGACCGUGGGUGGCACUGGUGCUCGGUAUUGUCAGUGCAAUCGUGGGCACGGUUUACCACUACGAACUGCAUACUCAAAAUGGAUUUACGAAAUUUUGGCUUCGCUGGGAGAACAUUGAUCUUCAUGCUGAACAGUGUACCAUCGACAUGCCAGCCAGUCUCCAGGACAUGUUCCGGCCGCCUGUGCAGUGUGACAUGUGCAGACAAGUGACUCAUGUCGAGCGUGUCCAUUCAGUCACACCUCAACUUUUCGAGGAGAGGUACGCUUACACCGGCCGCCCUGUGGUCAUAACAGACGGGCAGAGGAACUGGUCGGCGCCGCACGUGUUCUCCUUCGAGUUCUUCAAGUCGAUCUACGCCGACGACUCCCCUGUUCUCGAGAACUUUGAACGCGACUGCCAGUUCUUCCCGUACCAGACCGAGUUCAGGAACCUCCGUCACGUGUUCAACAUGACAGCGGAUAGAGUGAACAUGCGCGGGGAACCAUGGUAUAUUGGAUGGAGUAACUGCGACUCCGCCGCCGCAAAUGUCCUACGGGAACACUACGAGCGGCCCUACUUCCUUCCCCAGGCCGCCGAGUCCUCCAAGACGGACUGGAUCUUCAUGGGCACUCCGGGAUACGGCGCCCAUAUGCAUAUAGACCACGUGGGGAAUCCUUCCUGGCAGGCACAGAUCCGCGGCAGGAAGCUGUGGACUCUGGAACCUCCACCCGAAUGCUACUUCCAGUGUAUUCCUAUGGAGGUUGUGGUGGAGCCGGGAGAGAUAAUCGUUCUAGACACCAACAUCUGGUACCACAAGACCCUAAUCGUCUCCGAAGAGCUCAGUAUCACGAUUGGCUCUGAAUACGAUUAAAACCAAAAAGGAAUGUCGUGUGAUGGAGCUGUAAUAUGUUGAGGUAGGGAGGAAGAGGAGGCGAGAAGAAGGAAGGGAGGAAGAGGAGACGAGGAGAAGGAAGGGAGGAAGAGGACAUGAGAAGAAGGAAGGGAGGAAGAGGAGACGAGGAGAAGGUAGGGAGGAAGAGGAGAAAAGAAGAAGGGAGAGAGGAAGCGGAGACAAGAAAAAGGAAGAGAGGAAGAAGAGAAGAGAAGAAGGAAGGGAGGAAGAGGAGGCGAGAAGAAGGAAGAGAGGAAGAGGAGACGAGAAAUUGAAGGGAGGAAGGAAGUUUUUUUUUACGUGAAAAAGAUGAUAUAUGAAGAGCUAGAAAAAUGACGAGACAAGUAAAAAAAAAAAAAAAAGAAAACAAAAAGAAAAAAGAAAAAAAAAGGAGAGAAAAUAAGGUUUACCAAGAAGGAAGAAGAGACAGGAAGCGAGAAAAAAGAGAGUUCUGAGUGAUGGAGAAGAAUUACACCAAGAAAUGAAGGAGGAUGACGUAAGGAAAGAAGGAGGGGUUUUUCGCAAGUCGAAAUAUACGAGGAAACAAUAAGGAACAAGGUCAAGGGGUUUCAAAGGAAGGAGAGGGGUGGAGGAAUCUAGUCUGAGGUUAUAUAUACACAAGUAUAUAUAUAUAUAUAUAUAUAUAUAUAUAUAUAUAUAUAUAUAUAUAUAUAU